AUGGCUGAGCGGGUGCUGGUCAUCGGCAGCGGCGGCAGGGAGCACGCCCUGGCCUGGAAGCUGGCUCAGUCCCCACACGUCAAACACGUGUUUGUGGCUCCAGGAAAUGCAGGCACGGCUGCCAACGGGAAAAUCUCCAAUUCAGCUGUAUUAGUGAGCAAUCACACUAUUGUCACCCAGUUCUGCAAAGAUCACAACAUUGGCCUUGUGGUAGUCGGCCCAGAAGCUCUUCUAGCAGCUGGCAUGGUGGAUGACCUGAGGGCAGCCGGAGUUCGGUGCUUCGGGCCCUGGGCCAGGGCAGCCCAGCUGGCCUCCAACAGCAGCUCCAGCAAAGCCUUCCUGGAGCACCACGGGCUCCCCACGGCUCGCUGGAGAGCCUUCAGCACCCCCCAGGAGGCCUGCAGGUUCAUCACCAGCACAGACUUCCCUGCACGGGUGGUGCGGGCGCAGGGGCCAGCGGCCAGGAAGGAGGUGACCAUUGCAGCCAGCAAGGAGGAGGCCUGCAGAGCUGUCCAGGAGAUCAUGCAGGACAGAAUAUUUGGAGAGAUGGUUGUUAUUGAAGAACUGCUUCAAGGGGAAGAAAUUUCUUGCUCCUGCUUCACCGACGGUGUCACCGUGGCCUCCAUGCCCCCUGCUCAGCCCCACAAGCGGCUGCUGGACGGGGAUGGGGGUCCCACCACGGCAGGGAUGGGAGCCUAUUGCCCCGUGCCCCAGGUUCCAGAGGCUCUUCUAGAGCAAAUCAGGGGUGCAAUCCUCCAGCACAUCGUGGACAGCUUGAGACAAGAAGGAGCAGCCUAUGUAGGUGUGCUGCAAGCAGGUUUGAUGCUGACCAAGGAGGGGGUGAAGAUUUUAAACUUUAAAUGCCAGUUUGGGGAUCCCCAGUGUCAGGUAAUUCUCCCUCUGCUUAAAAAUGAUUUUUAUGAAGUGAUUCAAGCCACAAUUGAUGGCAAACUGUGCAGCUGCAUGCCAGCCUGGCUGGAGAACAGAACUGCUGUGUGUGUGGUCAUGGCCAGCCCAGGAUACCCAGGAGACUCUGACAAAGGCAUGGAGGUAACAGGGCUUGUGCAGGCCAAGGAGCUGGGGCUGCAGGUGUUCCACGGGGGCACGGCGCUGAAGGACGGCAGGGUGGUGACCACUGGUGGCAGAGUCCUGUCCAUCACUGCCGUCAGGCAGGACCUGAUGGAAGCCCUGGGAGAAGCCAACCGGGGUGUGGCCACCAUCCACUUCCAGGGGGCCACCUUCAGGAGGGACAUCGGGCACCGGGGCCUGCGGCUGCUGCGCCAGCCCCUGGCCCUGAUGUACAAGGACAGACACGUGGGAGCUGGAACAAGAGAGGUUUUGAGCUGUCUGCCACAAGCAUCAGCUGUGAGAGGCACCAGGGCAGGAAGUCGCUCAGAAGGAGGAGGCUUUGCUGCUUUCUUUGACCUGAAGGCAUCUGGCUAUGAAGAUCCCAUCCUGGUGUCCCAGACCAAGGGCCUUGGACCCAAACUGCAAGUUGCCCAGGUCUGUAAAAGGCACGACACCCUCGGGCAGGACCUGGUGGCCCUGUGUGUCAAUGACCUCCUGGCCCAGGGGGCUGAGCCCCUCUUCUUCCUCAGCCAUUUGGCCUGUGGCAAACUCGAUGCUGAAGUGGUGGAAACCAUCAAAGAAGGAAUAGCUGAGGCUUGCAGGAGUGCAGGGUGUGCUUUCCUGGGAGAUGUUUUGCUGACCCCAGGGAAGAUGUUCAGCCCAGCUCUGCUGCCCGUCCUUCGCUCGGGGCAUGUGAAGGGCUUUGCCCCCACGGCUGAGGGGCUCCUGGGGGGCAUCUCCAGGCUCCUGCCCGAGCACCUCAGCGCCAUCCUGGAUGCUCUCAGCUGGAAGAUCCCUGAAAUCUUUGGCUGGCUCUACAAGGAGGGGAACCUCUCUGCAGAGGAGAUGGCUCAGACCCUUCCCUGUGGGAUCGGGGCCGUCUUGGUCGUGCAGAAGGAGCUGGCCCAGCACGUUCUCCAGGACAUCCAGAAGCAGCAGGAGGCCUGGCUGAUUGGGAAGGUGGUUGCCCCUUGUCACACAGGUUCUCACAUUGUAGUGGAGAAUCUUGCAGAGGCCCUGCAGCUGAGCAGCCCCCAGCAGCUGCUGGACGCCAGCACUGCUGAGAUCCAGCCUCAGCCCGGCAAGAGAAAGGUGAAGGUGGCUGUUCUUGUCUCUGGAGCAGGCACGGCCCUGCCUGCGCUCAUCGGCUCGGCCCGGGAGCCGGGCAGCUGUGCCCAGCUGGUGCUGGUCAUCUCCAACAGGCCCGGAGUGCCGGAGCUGCGCCGCGCCGCCCGCGCCGGGAUCCCCACCAGGGUGAUUGACCACAAAUUGUAUGGGAGCCGCUCGGAAUUCGACAGCACCAUUGACCGAGUCCUGGAGGAAUUCUCUGUGGAGCUGAUCUGUCUGUCAGGGUUCAUGAGAGUUUUGUCCAGCCCUUUUCUACGAAAAUGGAAAGGGAAAAUUUUGAAUGCUUCUCCGUCACUUUUUCCACUCCUCAAGGACGGGAAUGCCCAGCAAGAGCCCCUGGAAAGUGGGUUCAAAGUCACAGGUUGCACUGUGCACUUUGUCCUGGAGGAGCCGGGCGCCGGCGCCGCCAUCCGCCGGGAGCCGCUGCCCGCGGGGCCGGGCGACACGGAGGCAGCGCUGGGCGAGCGGCUGCAGGAGGCCGAGCUCAGGGCCUUCCCCCUGGCCCUGCAGCUCGUGGCCAGCGGGGCCGCCUGGCUCGGAGCCCACGGAAGAACGUGCUGGAGGCGGGAGAGCCGGAGGCUGAGCCCGGAGGAGGAGCGGGGAGCAGGAGCGGCCUCGCCCGAGGAGCCUCCGGAACGCGAGGGGCUCCGGGCAGAUCCUUGA